AUGGAGGACUUUGGUGAUUUCAGUGAUUUAGAUAUGAUUGGAAAUGGGGCCUACGGUGUUGUUUAUAGAGCUAGAGAUACAAGUGGUCGCUAUGUUGCAUUAAAGAAAAUCCGCAUAUCACUUACAUCCGAUGGCAUUCCAAUGACUACAUUAAGAGAAAUAUCCUUACUGAAAAAUUUAGAUUCCUACAAUCAUCCACACAUUGUAAAACUUUUAGAUGUGAUCCACAGACGAGCUGAUCGUGAAAAUCAACUCGAAUUGUAUUUAGUUUUUGAAUAUUUAGAAAGAGAUUUAGCCGACUACAUUUCACAUCUGCCAACAACAAGUUUAAUUCCGUCACAUCAAAUUCAGAGACUUUCAAAAGAACUUUUGAGCGGUAUUGACUUUCUGCAUUCGCAUCGAAUUAUUCAUCGUGAUCUGAAACCUUCAAAUUUGUUAUUGUCGAGUCAGGGCCAAUUGAAAAUAGCAGACUUCGGCUUAGCAAAAACGUAUGACUUUGAAAUGCGCUUAACAUCAGUAGUUGUGACACUCUGGUAUCGCGCACCUGAAGUAUUGUUAUCACAGUCAUACAAUAGCAAAGUUGAUGUUUGGUCAGCUGGUUGCAUUAUCGCUGAAAUGUACGCUAAACGUGCAUUGUUUCCAGGCACAAGUGAAGGGAAUCAAUUGGGGAAAAUAUUUGAGUUGACUGGAAGACCACGAACUGCUGAUUGGCCUGAUUGUUCUUUAGAUCUUGAUCAAUUUUUAAUGACAAUGCCAAGUGAACCACGGCAACUUGUCCCUCAAUUGUGUGAUUAUUCAAAUGAUCUUCUUAAAAAAAUGUUGGAUUUCAUGCCUCGAAAUCGACCAUCUGCUCAUGAGUGUCUUCAACACAUGUAUUUUUUUACUGAACCAAUGUAAUAUGCAAGCAAGGAGACUGAAAAUUACAUUUCGAAAUCUGAAUUCAACGCUUUUAAAUUUACCUCAGAUACGCUUGAGAAAGUUCAUGUAAAUGUAAAUAAUUACUUAUGAUUUUUUUACGUAAUUAUGGAAAAAAAGGAAUGAAUUCUUUAGUGAAUUAAUAAAACAUUUUUUCCAUUUU